GUAAAGGCCAGUAGCACCCACCUCCAAAAGGCCCUGGGACUGUUUAUACAGAGAGAGUAGCAAAGGCAUGUGAUCCGAACCGGGUUUGGUCUGUCCCGCCUAUCCUCUUUUCCCACGACUGCUCUAUUUUCUUUCUUUCGACGAAUUCGCUUUUCUUCAAUUAUAAAUAAAUAACGGCUAUUCUUCUUUUUUGUCGAUCGAGCCGCUUUCUCCCAUUCCACUCGUCCAGCCCUCUUCACGAACUUGUACAAUCGAUGCCACAAAGAUAGCCAACUAUAUUAUUAAAGAAAUAAGGAAACUAGCAACGUUUUGGCACCAAAUAUCGGGAGGUGUGAAAAGAGAGCAGCUGUGAGAAGCGGAAAAACCAGAAAAAUGACAAUUGUUCGUGGAGAUUUCCAUAGAAAGACCCCUCGGUUUUGGCAAACGCAUCACAAUUACAGGUACCUGGGAGCAUACCGAUGCAAUGAACGAAAUACGAACAGUUAACAUAAUAUAGUCAUAGAUCUUAGGUUGUAACUUGAUCAUGAGCGAAUUUUUUGAUGUUGCACCCACGAAGUAUGGAAAGUGCCAAACAUUGGGAACUACCCGGGGAGGAGUUAGGAACAGGAACAAGGAGAAGCGAGAACCACUUAAAUAGAGGAAUCGAUUGUAUUUCGUCCUUUGUUGCCCAUAGCAACUGGGGAUCAAAAAGCACCAAAUUUGAUGACUUAUUAAAGGAAAGACGAAGUAAGAGCAUGCUAUUAAAGACGUUGCAACAUAUGUCGAAAAGGCCUCCGUUAAUUGUGUACAAACAAAAUACGAGUCCAAAGGCAGGGUAAGAAGGGGUUUAGCUAAUGGAGAUAUUAACUCUUCCGGGAACCAGUAACGCGUAAACCAUGUCAAACCAAGACCGAUCAAUAUCCGAACGGAACGGAUUCGAACUUCUCCUAGAAUGGUUUCCGAUGCGAAAUUUAAUUCUGAGGAUAUAUGAGUAAUUCAAAGGAAAAAUAGAAAGAUUUGAUAGGAUUCGAUUUCUUUUAGUAAUAAUAAAAAAACAAAUAGGAUUUCUUAUGAAGAAAAAUAACUACAUUGAUCAAAACUGUAAACAACCAAAAUACAUAAUUUUAUGGCACUUUCCCCUUUUCCAUCUUUUCGCUCUCGAGAAGAAAAAGUCUCUCGUUUAACAAGGUAUUUUUUUUUAAAAGGUUUUCAAGUUCCAGGAUUUCCACCCAUCUAUUUUCUCUUUCCUCCAUCUCUCUCUCGGCCUUAUUUAAAGCUCCCACAGACCUUGGUGAAGAGGAAUCUGGGUCACCCAGGGUAUAUAUCGUUUAUGGUUAAACGCUGGCCUUCCGCGUCAACCAGUGCACCCCGAUGCACCGAUCAAUCAAAAUAGAGAGAGCUGCCAUUUGAGUCACAUCCCUACACUUCUACCCAACAAACCCUUCCACCACCACCUGCACCAGUACAACCAACCAUUACCAUUUUUUCUGCUGCCCCUUCUUUCCAGACACCUCCCGCUCCACAAGUUUAUCCUCAAACCACUCAGUAUACCCUCUCUGCUGCCUAUCCUACUCCUACACACAAUGUGUAUGAGGAAGAAAAACAGUACGGAUCCGACUCCCAGGAUGGUGACGAUGCCACCAAUAAAUACUCAGAAUUUGAAGCCAGGCUUAAAGCCCUGGAAUCAGCAAAUGUUCUUACUCCCGGCGCAGCAGCCAUGUGGCUAAUACCGGAUGUGGUGAUCCCAGAAAAGUGAAAAAUGCCGGAGUUUGAAAAAUAUGAUGGCACACGGGACCCCAUGAACCACUUAAUGAUGUUUUGCAGUAAGAUGGCGGCCCACAUAAGAAAUGAUCAGCUGUUGGUGUUUAGCUUCCAGAAUAGCUUAACUGGGCCUGCGUUGCGAUGGUACACCUCCUUGGAGCACUCGAAGUUGAAGAAGCGGAACGACUUGGCAGACUCCUUCAUGAAAGAAUACAAGUCUAACCAGGACAUGGUGCCCACCAUGUCUCAACUUGAGAGUAUGGAGAUGAAGAGAAACGAGACCUUAACGGGGGUAUGCCCAAAGGUGGAGGACUUUGGCAGCUCAGGUGGCUCCGCCUCCAACUGAAAAGGAGAUGAUUGACCUCUUUCUCAAUGCCCGGAUGAACAUGCAUUCUUUUCGAUACAGUAUGGUAGACUUCUAACCAAAUGAAAGUCAAUGGCAGCCAUUAUUCCUGAAACAUCUGCGGAGCUAACCCCUCUCUCAAUGACUUAAGAAAGAGGGGGGUCACUUAUCAUACCUAAAAGCAGCCAUUUCUCUAAACUACGAUACCAAAUCCGAUUUGAUUGAACUCAAGGAUCCAAUCGCCAAGGAAAGGCCAGUCUACUGACUAGGGUCAAAGAAUUUACCUAACCAGAACUCCGCGAGUGAACGCAAAGAAGCAAACCAGACUAGACGGAAAGAACUUCGAAUAAAAAAAAGAAAAAGCCCAUCUGGCCAAUCUCAAGCUGGACGAGAAAAGAGGUUGAGACCUGAGAGUACUCUGCUCAGGGCGAUCAGGAGUUUUCGGAUAUUCGUCCAAGCCCAUUCGCGAGAUUCUCACGAGGGUUGGGCUUUUCCAGGGCCUAAAACCAGACCUGGUCAUAGUUUAUAGGGGGCUCCGGUAGUCGUCAAACUCCUGGGACGCAAUCAACCUUCGACCUCCAUGGGGAGCUGCACCCCACUAAUGAAGCCGGAAGUCGCCCAAAAGCAUCGUAGAAAGAUUGUCUAGGGGGAUAGUUCCUCCUCUCCGUGCUCUUUUUUUUUUAUCCCCUCUCCCUUCGCCCUUCUCCCUUCAUUUGAACGUAUGAUAAACAUUUGUGCUCAUAUUCCCUUCCUCUCCUUCUUGUUCUAAUUAAGAUGCGAGCAAAUUCGUUCCUUCGCCCUUCUCCUUACGAUCGAACAUAUGAUAAACCUUCGGGCUGACAUAUAAUAAAACUAUUGGUCGAGUGACUUCGUUCCAUCCUCUCCCUGAUCUUAGUCUCAUUCUAACCUUAGUAUUUCACUAUUCGACUACCAAGAUUGAGGGUUGAACCAAUAGCAGGAGUGAACCCCUAAGCUAUGGGACUUUCAAGAGUCGUUCGAAAGUACGGAAAAAAAAGCCAUUAAGUAGAUGUAGCGGAGCAGAUCCCGAUUCUGUUGAUGAGUGGAAAGAAUCCCCUACCCCGAACAAGCAAGGGCUGACGCGAAAGAACAAGCAAGUUCCAAAGCCUUUCACACUAAGCAAAUUCCAUCCUUCUUCGCGUUCUUUCGGUUCCACCGGAUUUGAAGACUCCCGUAGGUUAGUUUACCGAUUUCCCGAAUCUGACUCUUUGGUUUCGUUCAUUCGAUUUAGCCCAUAAAGUCACCAAAAGGAUGUCGCUUCUGAAGAGGAGGCGGAAAGCCGUAGAAGAGAUAGCAAGGACCAGGUACAGGGCACAUCAGGGACUCUCCCUCGCCUUGGAACCACCUUAGUCUUUUUGGGGAUCAAGAUCUUUGUGACUCUGCAGAACUUAACUUUUCUUAGAGGAUCAGCACGGCACAUUAUUCGGAUUCGGAGGUUUAGGUUUAAGACUUUUGGAGAGACAUCUUUUGUUAGGAAAGCCUUCUAUCGGGGGCUCAAAGUGGUAAGUUCAGCGUUCGAGCCGAUCCCCUAAUAGAGGUGUGUGUUCCUAAUAACUCACGAUCUACUAU